UGGCGCCCUGGCCCCGGCCCUUCUCCCACCUCGCCUACCCCACCGCCCAUGGGACUGCCAAAAUCCACCUCCCGUGUCAGGGGAGGAUUGGGCGGGAUCGCUGAGUCCGGGAGGCUUUCUGGCCUUAAAGGACUUCUCUGCUUUACCCAGGCAUAUGGGGAAUUCUAGCAUUUCUGUAGCUCGCUGCGGGGGCGGUGACAAUACAUGCCUAUGGAGCUGGUCGGUAUGAGAAAUGACAUGGAAAAGGGGAUGGAUUGUAUUCAACGUAAUUUGCAUAGGUUAAAUAUGUAAUAUGUGCAUCUUAGCUGAGUUAAUAUUGUUCUAGGACCUUAACUCUUGCCAACUUGAGAAUCAGAAGGCAACGUUAUAGUUGCAUUAAGAUAAAUAUUUGCUGUUUGUAAGAAUUUGCUACCAUGUAAGAAUAAUGGGUGAUUCAUUGCACCACAAAUAUAUCUGUUCCCCAUCGGAUAUUUGCAUUUAAUAUAACUUAGGUAUAUCUUCAAUUUCUAGAAUCUGAGCUCUUGUUCUAUUUGGUUUAAGGAAAUAAGCAUCCCUGAUGGUCCUCCCCCUUUUCCCUAGAAACAUGUCUAUGCUUUUGAAGGCCUUGGGAAAAAUUUUUUCAACCCUAUAUACCACCUUGUCAGUAUCAUUUAUCCUGGCUAGCCUAAUGGUGCAUUACUGGGUUAUGCCGGACAAAGUAGUAACCUACUUUUUGUUCUGGAUUUAAUCCGUGUAAGAAAUGUUGUAUGCAAUGAAUACAUGGGGGUUGGAACAAGGACCAUGCUUGUCUUGGGAUGCCUUUCUUUGAGUAAUGCAAACUUCCUUUUAAUUGUCAUGCAUUUUUCUAGUAAAAGCUCUGCAAGUCUGCAAUAAAAAUGGCCUCCAAUAAAACUACAUUGCACAAAAUGGGAAAGAAACAGAAUGGCAAAGGUAAAAAAGUUGAAGAGGCAGAGCCUGAAGAAUUUGUUGUGGAGAAAGUCCUGGACAGACGUGUUGUAAAUGGAAAGGUGGAAUACUACUUGAAGUGGAAAGGAUUUACAGAUGCUGACAACACAUGGGAACCUGAAGAGAACUUAGAUUGUCCAGAGCUAAUUGAAGCUUUUCUGAACUCUCAGAAAGCUGGUAAAGAAAAAACAGAUGGUGCCAAAAGAAAAUCUUUGUCAGAUAGCGAAUCUGAUGAUAGUAAAUCAAAGAAAAAGCGUGAUUCUGUUGAUAAGCCAAGAGGGUUUGCAAGGGGUCUUGAUCCUGAGCGGAUAAUUGGGGCUACGGAUAGCAGUGGAGAGCUUAUGUUCCUCAUGAAAUGGAAAGACUCUGAUGAGGCAGAUCUGGUGCUGGCCAAAGAAGCUAAUGUGAAGUGUCCUCAGAUUGUAAUCGCUUUUUAUGAAGAACGGCUAACUUGGCAUUCAUGCCCAGAAGAUGAAGCACAAUAAUUGUUUGCAUUGCUUUUUUUAUAUAUAAGAAUAUUAAAACCCGAAAUUUGAUUUAUUAGCAAUGUGAGAAGCAUACAUUCUAACAAGUUUCAAAUUUGAUAUUUUUUUGAAGUAGUAUGUUUUGCAUCAACAGCAAGUAAAUAAAAGCUUUCUGCAACUUGUUUCAUUUACCACAAGAGAGCAUUUGAUACUACUACUUCCUCCAUAUUAGGUAAAAGCUUUUAUAAAACAUUGAUGAACUUCCUUAGUUAUUACAGGAUCAUAAUGAAUGUCUAAACAAACUCACAGAUGUUUUGUAGUCUUCUAUACUAUUGAUGUGCAUGUAUCUUCUUUACCCAAACCUAGCCCUUUAAACCUGUAAGGUCAUUCUUUCUAGUAUUUGGGAUCACUCGGUCUUAAGAAGACCAGGUGAAAACUAACUUUGUAGUAAUUUGAAUGUUAUCAGACUGUAUAUUGUUUACUUUAUUGUAAAUACUGGUGAGCAGUGGUCAAUAAAAUAGUUUUAUAUUCUUCCUUUA